AUGACGAUGAUGAUGACUGGCCGUGUGCUGCUGGUGUGUGCCCUCUGCGUGCUGUGGUGCGGUGUCUGCGGUUUACCUGGAAUUGCGGCCGACGGUGUUGGCGGUGGCGAUGGCAGUGCGGGUGAGGACUUACUGUUGCAGUGGCGUGCUUGGCUGCGGAGGGAAUGCGCGGAGCAGGUCAGCAGGAGGACAGGAGGCGGUGCGAAUGUGUCCGCCGUCGAGGAAUGCGUGCGUCAGGGGAUGGAGAGUUUGCAUGCUGUUACGGAUGGCCGCAGCCGUUGGAGGCGUCAACGGAUUGCUGCUGCUGCUGCUGCUGAUGGUGCCGGAAAUGAGAAAUUCAUCGCCGGAGCAAUUUCCCAAGAAGGGCGGUCAGGGAAAGACAAUGUUUUGUCGAGUGUAAAACAAUUGGAGUCACCGGCGAAUUCAGGAAAAGAAACAGCAGGGAGAUCAGAAACUGGUGCGACGUUACAAAAUAUUGCAGAGACUCGUGCGAGGGGGGAAACCGAAAAAGAAGAUUUAAUAUCAGAUAAAACAAAUUCAGAAAAAGAAGAAAAUGAAGAAAAUGAGAAGAAAAAGAACGCUAAACAAAGUGAAAGAGAGGAUGAUGAGGAAAAUGACGAGGAAGAAGAUGGGAGUGAAGAGGCCGAGGUUAAGGAUGAGAAGGAAACAAAAGAGGAAGGAGGUAAAGGUGAUGAAGCAAACGAGGGGAAGAAAAGGAAAAAAAAAGAAAAUGAUACCGGCACCACAAAGGAGAUCUCAGCAGGCAGUGAAGAGCAGCCAAUUUUAUCUUCUGGUGUAGAGGAAUUAGCGAAUCAAACAAAUCCCAAAAGCACACAAACAACUGGAGACGAUGAUCCAGCAGCUGAUGGUGCAGGAACAGCAGAGGGAAAACAAAAUGAAAAUAAAGAAGCCAAUCCGAAAGAAACACCGCUCGAAGCCACAGCCACGAAAAAUACAACGGCGACGACUGGCGACAGUGACGGCAGCACCGCGGUCUCCCACACCACCUCCCCUCUUUUGCUUCUUCUUGUUGUUGUUGCGUGUGCGGCUGCUGCUGCGGUGGUGGCUGCGUGA